UAUUCCAGUUUGUCGAUGAUACGUCUACCUGCAGUGUCAGGAUAUCGUCUCCCUCCAAAGGAAAUUCAGGAAAUUGUGGAUGUGCCACCGAACCCCAGUUACCAUCUCUCCCCUCGCCGAGAUAGGAUCAUGUUCCUGAAACGUAGAGCUAUGCCUCCGUUGUCCGAGCUCGCAAAACCCGAUAAAAUACUUGCUGGCAUACGGAUCGAUUCCAGCUCUAACAUGAGGAGUCGAAUGUCCUUUUAUACUGGGAUUAGUAUCCAUUUGCUGAUGGAUGAUGGAAGUUUGGGUCCAGAGAAAGUGGUCCAUGGAUAUCCAGAUGGUGCAAAAAUUAAUUUUGUAACAUGGUCACCAGAUGGUCAGAAUGUGGCCUUCACUGUGCGUUAUGAAGAUGAGGUGGGCAGUGACAGCAAUUUAGCAUUGUGGGUUGCUAAUGCAGAAUCUGGAGAAGCUCGGCCACUUUUCAGACAAACAGACAUAAGACUGAAUGCUAUUUUUGAGCUAUUUGUGUGGGUGGAUCAUUCUACCCUGUUGGUCUGCACUAUUCCUUCAUCACGUGGUGAUUCUCCGAAGAAGCCAUUGGUUCCUUUUGGUCCAAGGAUUCGCUCCAAUGAGCAGAACAAUGUCAUCCAGAUGAGAGCCACAAAAGAAAUGCUGAAAGAUUUGCAUGAGGAAGAAUUGUUCGAUUACUAUGCAACCUCUCAGUUAGUACUGGUUUCGUUGGAUGGGAUAGUGAAACCAGUAGCUUCCCCUGCUAUAUAUACUUUCCUUAAUCCUUCACCAGAUGAAAAGUACUUGAUGCUCACCUGUGUUCACAAGCCAUAUUCUUCUAUAGUCUCGUAUAAAAGGUUUCCCAAGAAGGUUGAGUUGUGGACAGUUCAUGGUAGAUUUGUCCGCGAACUUUGUGAUCUACCCCUUGCUGAAAAUAUUCCAAUUGCAGCCAACAGCGUCCGUAGGGGAAAACGUUUAAUCAGGUGGAGGCCUGACAUGCCUUCUACCUUAUAUUGGGUGGAGGCACAAGAUGGAGGAGAUGCAAACGUUGAAGUCGCACCACGUGAUAUAGUUUACAUGGAACCUGCUGAGCCUUUAAAUGGCGAGAAACCUCAUGCCCUUAAACUUGACCUUCGGUAUAGAAGGAUCUCUUGGUGCUAUGGAUUGCAUGCACUGGUAUAUGAAUAUUGGCACAAGACACGCAGAACAAGAACAUGGGUCAUCUCCCCUGAUUGCAAUGAUCUUAGCCCACGAUUAUUAUUUGAUAGAUCUUCUGAAGAUGCUUACUCAAGUCCAGGCUCUCCAAUGAUGUGCAGAACUCCCGCAGGCACCCUUGCCAUUGCAAAAAUUAAGACAAACUAUGAAGGGACCUAUAUCCUAAUGAAGGGACAGGGUGCCACACCAAAAGGAGGCAUCCCUUUUCUUGAUCUCUUAAACAUAACUACGGGAGCGAAAGAGCGGAUAUGGGAAAGUGGUGUAGACAAGUACUAUGAAUCUGUUCUUGCACUGAUGUCAUACCAUCCUAAAUGUGAAAUCCAGCUAAAUGAACUAAAAUUUCUCAUAUCGAAGGAGUCGAGAAGCGAAGCUGCCCAAUAUUAUGUUAGUAUCUGGCCUGAUAAGAAGCAAGUCCAGAUUACAAGUUAUCCCCAUCCAUAUCCUCAGCUGGCAUCAUUGCAGAGAGAAAUAAUCAGAUACGAGCGAGAUGAUGGUGUUAAACUUACUGCUACAUUGUAUCUGCCUCCAGGCUAUAAUCCAUCGAAAGAUGGGCCUCUUGCAUGCUUGAUUUGGUCUUAUCCUGGAGACUUUAAAAGCAGAGAGGCUGCUGGACAAGUCCGUCGUUCACCCAAUAAAUUUGCACGCAUUAACAACAGUUUUCCUCUUCUUUGGUUAUCUAGAGGGUUUGCUGUUUUGGCUGACCCGACAAUCCCUAUAAUUGGUGAAGGAGACGAGGAGGCGAAUGACAGGUACAUAGAGCAGCUGAUUGCUAGUGCGGAAGCAGCGGUAAAUGAAAUUGUAAGAAGAGGGGUUGCUCACCCUGACAAAAUUGCUGUGGGCGGUCAUUCAUAUGGUGCAUUUAUGACUGCUAACCUCUUGGCACAUGCACCUCAUCUUUUCUGCUGCGGAAUCGCUCGCUCUGGAGCCUACAACAGGACACUGACUCCAUUUGGCUUUCAGAAAGAGGUGAGGACGCUCUGGGAAGCUGCCGAUACCUAUAUUAAGAUGAGCCCCUUCAUGAUAGCUAACAAAAUCAAGAAACCAAUUCUACUGAUACAUGGAGAAGAAGACAGCAAAGUUACAACAGCAAUGCAGUCAAGUCAAUUUUAUGAUGCUUUGAAAGGGCAUGGGGUGCCAUGCCGUCUUGUAAUUCUCCCAUUCGAGGGGCACCGAUAUGCUGCAAGGGAAAGCGUUAUGCAUGUAAUUUGGGAGACUGAUAGGUGGCUGCAGAAAUAUUGUGCAAGUAAUUCUAGCAAUACCCUGAUUAUCAAAUCCAGUGGUGAGUGGUGAGACAACACAAUCACAUGUUGAUGGUGCACCAGCAUGUGAAGCUUUAACGUUGAACUUCACCAAGAUAUCUAGUCUGAGCAAGCUGAUACUAAUGGCCUUGGAUCAUAUCGGUGUAGGAAACUUUAAAGAUAACUCACAAUGAUAUUGAUGUGUUUCCAUGUGCACACAGAAUAGUAUCACUUCAUUCACUGCUCUGUUUCCAUAUCAUUCUUGACUCUUGUAACGCGAGACUCGAAAUUUAAGGCCUGAAGACACCAACACUACAAUUCCAAUUAUGAUGAAGCAUAACGAGGGUAAAAUUCGAUCCCAUCCUGUUAACCAAUGGUGCUUCAGUGAGGUCAUUAUGUUCGUUCCCAAACUCAUUCUGCACAUAUGCUCUGUAUCUGAGGCACGAAUCGAUGCGAUUCAAACCUCUUUUUACUGGUAAAAUUGCAAAACAGUGAACAGUUGUAAGGUUCUAUACGAUGGGUAUCUUGAAUUAAGCAUAACCAUAUCAGAAAUCGCAAAAGGAAUCAGAGAAAUUGCUUCAGUAAACUGAUGUUGUCUAUAGAAUAAUAUGUCCUCACCUUACCACCAGCGUAUCUUGUUUGCUUUGGGUAGAUGCUUGGUGUUUCUGUUACAUAUUCCAUUCAGAUUAAAUUGCUCCUAUUGGCCUUCACAAAGUCCUCUCUUCACACCACAUAAGAUGAUAAGGGUACUAGCAAAGAAAUCCUCUAAAAACAUGGAAGGAAAAAUAAAUGUCGCAAAAUGGGGUUUAACAUCUGAAGUUAUUUUAUUCUUUUGACUUCCUUCGACAGUGAAAGCUUAAAGUGAAUGUGUCUCAUCUCUAACUGAUUGCACUCAAUUGUAUUUUAUUGUUAGGGCUGAAAUAAACUUGGAAGCACUGAACAUUUUCUUACUUGACAGUCCUCUACAAAAAAAAGACUCGUUAUUAUACUGGGUGAGUGAUACUAUUGUUGGAUAUAUAACAAAACAAAGCAACGGGAAGGUCAAUUAUAUGGUCCCCAUCAUAUGUAAAUAGUUAUAAACAGAUACAAAGACUAUUCUACCAUGUGAGCUUCUAUUGAUGAUGCCUAGCAAAUAAAACUUUUUUGUUGGCUUUGUGAUUGUGAUAUACCCAGGUUUCAAUCAAACAAGAUCAUCUUGGAUAACAUCAUAGACUAAGUCAGGUCUAGCUUCAUCAUAUGCACAAGGACAUGAUUUGGUCCUCAACAUUAGGUAGAACAGGACAACAUACUUUGAUCUAACCACAACUAGCGUCAAUCAUCAGGCCAACAUUUCCUUGUUGUAAAUGACAAUUUUUUAAAUCAGAUUAAAACUUUGGAUGUAGUCUUAUUAAUGACGCUUCUUUUUGGCAUUCAAGAAAUAUGACAUGAUUUAUUUAUUAUCGAAGAAAACCACGGGGCCAGGGCUAUGUCCAUUCAUUAAAGAAAGUAAAAUAAUGUAAAUUAUAUUUGGACACAUUAACGGAUCAAUUUAUAGAAGAGAAUUUUGGAUAAUAAACUCUAUCCACUUUGACAAUACUACCAUGCUGAUUCAGAAGGCUAGCUAGGAGCCUAGGUAGGAGGAUUGCUUCAUCUGUGCUCAGAUCAAAGAAGUGACAUAGAUGCUGACCAAAGCAACUGUGAGCACAAAGUAGUUCAGUAUUACCUUGCUGGCAAUAUUAUUCUGCACUGAACUUUGACUCUUUAACCUGCAAUUCAAGUUUCAUUCACCACUUCAUUUUGAAUUUUGUAGAGGAAAAUUCAUCAGUAUACUUGCAUAGGUGUAUCACUAUGGGUCAAUUAUUAUUUUUAAGAGAUUGUGUGGAUGAACACACCACAUGCACGUCGCACUCAUGACAUAAACGUACGUACACGCGUGCGCGUGCACUACACGCGCUAUAUUUGCAGGGGCAAGAUUUUUUGAUAGCAUUUUAAUGUAGGUCGUCAUUGUCAGGGAAUCAAAUCCAAGCACACAUUUUUAGACCAUGUACAACCACAUCAAUUUUUUUGCAGGAGAAAAGACAAAUGGUGGUCUGAAUUCUUGGAGACGUCAGAAACAUCUCUGUGUCAUAGUCUUGCAAGACUUGUGCAGGCCACAAGCCUCUCCAUCUGUUCUGUCCAUACAAGCAACACCCAUACCAUUCUGGAACCGAGAUUUCCCCGCGCCGAUGUACCCAACAUGGUGCCAGUUUGACAUUCUAUAAUUGACGUCGAUACCAGAUCAAAGAUUUGUUUUAAAAACAAACGGUGCCGAAUUAGAUCGAUGUGGCUAGCGAGCACCUUUGGCAAAGUCCAAGCUCUCACUAUAGACGUAGAUCACGCCGCACUGCAGUCCUUCCAGGUGGCAAGGGUGUGUCGCCAUAUAUUCUGGCUGUUCAUGCUGCCGCGUGCAAUCACAUAAUUAGAUCCUUGUGAAGUACAGUGACGCAUAUAUUCAGCCGGGCAGCUUUACGGCAGCAGGAAGCGUAGAAAAAAGGUGAGUUUUGCUGCAUAUUUGUACUGUAACUUGAACAGUUUUGUGUUCCAUAUUUUGGCGAUCACUCUUUUUGGAGGAGUAGUAGUGUAGGGCUGCUGUGCAGUCUGGGGUUUGGUCCACUUUAAUACUGCUGGUCCUGUCGGCACUAGAGAUUCCCAAUGUCACCAUGAUCCUAAUUAUGGCGACAUUGUCAUCGUGUGUAACCUUUUUAGUAGUAGGACGGCAUGAACUUGCCUUGUUUCCCAGCAAUGUGCAUUCCUGUAAUUGAUGCAUUUGGAA